AUGUACGCGGAACCGGUGUUCAAAACCGGUGUUCAGAGGAUCCUCGGAAACAUUAAUGACACAACAACAAAAACGACCGGUUCCGAGGAACAUGCGAAACAUCUCAUCUCCUCCGAUCCGCGGUACAACAUUAUCCACUUAACCUGCCCUCAGUCGCAGUUCACGUGUGUGGUGGACGGUAAAUGCAUACCGAUCCUGUGGCGGUGUGACACCUUUGCCGAUUGCUCCGACGGCUCGGACGAGAUCGGAUGUGAUAAAGCGCACUCCUGCAAGGACGGCCAGUUCCACUGCCAGGUGUCGAAUCGCUGCAUACCGAGCGACUGGACGUGCGAUGGGGACGUCGAUUGCGGGGUGGUGCCAAAGUAUCACAUGGUGGACAGCUCGGACGAGAAUCCGGAGCUGUGCCGUGUGCACAAAAAGUGCCUGCCGACCCAGGCACUCUGCAGUGAUGGCAAGUGUCUGGAGAUCGAUCGGUUCUGUGACGGCUCGUGGGACUGUAGCAACGACGAGCUGCACUGUUCGAGCAACGAAACCGCCGCCAAGGCGUGCGAUGCGCUCAAGUGUUCCUACGACUGUCGGCUGACGCCCGAGGGAGCGCGCUGUUUCUGCGCGAAAGACAGUCAACCGAACGGGGGGUUGUGCGAAGACUUUGACGAGUGUCAGAUCGAUGACAUCUGCGAUCAGAUCUGCAAGAACCAACCGGGAUCGUACCAGUGCAGCUGUACGACGGGCUACGUGAAGCAGGGCAACACCUGCAUUGCCGUCAACUUGCCAAAAGAUGAGCCCGCUUCGUUGCUGUUCGCCACGCUCAAUCUGGUGCGGAAGGUACCGGUCAGCAGCAGUAGAUUGGGGCCGGAUGGUCCGCGAAACUUUAGCGAAAGUUCGGAUGCUCAGCUGAGGGCCGUUUUCACGACCAUCCGAGCGCUGGAGAUGGUGCACCGGAAUCGCACGUUCUGUUUGGUGCGCGUAUCGGAUCACCGGCGGCUGGAGUGUUACAGCGUGGACAACACGUCGCACAGCUGGACCAUGCCGCGGCCGGAUCUCUUUCCCAACCUCGAGCACGUCGUCGACAUCCGGCUCGAUUGGGUGUCGGGAAAUUGGUACUUUCUCGACGACGAGCGGGAAGUGAUCUUCGUUUGUUCGCCCGCCCUACAGCACUGCAGCAUCGUGGUGGAAGCGUUUGCCGAAACUCUGCGCCCCCGGCGGAUGGCCCUCGAUCCAACGAAGGGCUUCCUCUUCUUCUCCAAAUGGGGCAACGGAGAGGCUAGCAUCGAACGGUCGCUACUCGACGGCACCAACCGUACCGCGAUCGUGCUACACAAAAUCAUCAACCCGCUCGAUGUGGCGUUGGAUCUGGUGCUGCAGCACGUCUACUGGAUCGAUACACACCUGGACACGGUUCAGCGGGUCAACUACGACGGUACUGGGCGCUGGUCGCUUCCAAAGCGGGCCGAUUUUAUGUUCAACUUUCAGCUCCUGUACGCACUGGACGUUUUCGAGCGGACCGUCUAUUUGGCGUCGUGGAUGAACGAGAGCAUUGUGGCCGUCGACGCACACACGGGUGUUUCGCGGAUUGUCGUAUCGGACGCAUACCGAGCCAGCCACGUGCACAUGUUUCACCGGCAGAAGCAACCGGAAGUGGCUCAUCCGUGCCGGCUGCAGAACGGUGGCUGCGAUCAGCUGUGCAUCCCGGUGUGGAAGAAAACGGUGGCCAUCGCCCAGUGUAUGUGUUCGCCCGGUUAUCGGCUGAAAACUAAGUUCCAGUGCGUUCUGAUCAAGCGGCCCACCUUCCUGCUGUACGCCAAAUCGGACCCGGGCAUGAUCCGAGGGUUUGCGGUGGGCAUCAAGUCACAGGAAGCGAUCGUACCCGUCACCGACCUGGGCGCCCAAAUUACGUUCGACUAUCACAUCGAAGAGCAGCUAAUUUUCUUUUCCCAUCGCAACAUAGGAUCGCCGUCGUUUCGGAUCGAACAACAAAAGCUGGACGGCACGGGCCGGAAGCUAAUACUGGAGAGUCCGGGAUUCUGCGAUGGCAUCGCGUACGACUGGAAGGGUAACAAUAUAUUCUGGACCGACUCGGACCGGAACCACAUUUCCGUGGUCCGGCUUGGGCCGGUGGUGUUGCGCUCGACGCUACUGCGACACCUCUACGCACCGAACUCGAUCGUGCUGGAUCCGAAGCAAGGCUGGAUGUACUGGUCCUCGUGGUCGUACCCCAGUGGGCGAAUCGAUCGGGCGUGGAUGAACGGAACACAGGCCGAGCUGUUGGUUAGUAACAAAGAUCGACCGAUCGAGUGGCCGACGGGCCUGUCGCUCGAUGCGCCCGGUGGCCGACUGUACUGGUGCGACGUACGGCUUAGCACGAUCGAGAGCGUCAACCUGGACGGUAGCAGUCGGGUGCUCCUGUACGAUGGUCGUUCCCAUAUGCAGUUCCCGGUGUCGCUUGCCGUUCACCGGCAGCUCCUGUACUUUGCCGAUAACGUGAAGGGACACAUUCAAAAGCUGAACCUCAGCGAUCCGACCGCCGUCGAGACGAUCGCGAUCGAAAAGCCGCAAGUGUUGGGGUUGAAAAUUUUCGAUAAUCUCACCCAAUACGAUGGCCCGGAGCAGCCGGGUUGUGAGGCCGAUUGUCCCGGUAUCUGUCUGCACACACCGGUCGGUUCGGCCUGUAGGUGUGCGGAUGGAUUUACGCUCAGCCCGUCGGCGAAGGCUUGCGUUCCGUUCGAUCUGGAGCACUCGGCGGCGACGUGCAACAAUGCGACGCACUUCCUGUGCCGCAAUCGGAUCGAUUGUAUCGAUCUGAAGUACACCUGCGACGGGGACACGGAUUGUGAGGAUGGUAGCGACGAACUGGUCGCGCCGGAUGGACCGUGUUACGUGAACUGCGAUCUGGAGCACAACUUCAAGUGCGACGAACAGCGCUGUAUCGAUCGGCAGCUGGUGUGCGAUGGAUCGGUCGAUUGUAUCGACGAAAGUGACGAGGACAACGCGAACUGUGCGAACGCGACGUGCGGGGAACACUUCUUUCGGUGCGCCAUCAGCCGCAGCUGCAUCCCUAACACGUGGGUCUGCGAUCGACACCACGACUGUGGGCCGAACGAUAGUUCCGAUGAGCCGGAACACUGCCACCGGUGCCCGGAGUUUGAGUGCCGGAACACGGUGUGCGUGCAGUUCCAGUUCCUGUGCGACGGAGUCGACAACUGUGGUGACAAUUCGGACGAAUCGGACUGUGAUGUGGCUUGCGGGGCUCACGAGUUCUUCUGCAGCCCGCACGGAUGCAUCGACCGGGAGCUGAUGUGUGACCCGAAACUGAACUGUCUGAACGCGUACAAGGAGUGCCAAAAUGUGACGAAACCGGCGGGCAACGGUACCCGCCCGGAUGUCCGGCAACCCGUGCCUUCCGAGACGGAUCUGAAGGAUUACUGUCGCCAGGAUCUGAAGGUGAUCUGUGGCGCCGAUCGGCGGUGUAUCGAGAACUAUAGCCGUGUCUGCUCGCGGAUGGAUUUCGGAGCGUGGAAUGAAACGGUCACCUGCCAGCACCCGGAUCGGUUGUGCCGGCUGUCGAACGAGUGCGUCCGGGUAGCGCAACUUUGUGACGGUCGAACGGAUUGUCCCGAUGGCACGGAUGAAGGCUUUCGAUGCGGCGAGAAGCUGUGCGAUGAGUUCCACGAGUGUUCCCACACCUGCCACAACGCUCCGGAAGGGGUUGUUUGCUCCUGUCCACCCCAUCUGUUCCUGCAACCGAACGGGCACGAUUGUGGCCACGAUCAUGCGUGCGAAUCGUGGGGUACGUGUUCUCAGACUUGCCUCACACUCGGCUCGCACUACCGGUGUGGCUGUGCCGAAGGGUACGCGCUGCUGUACGACAAGUUUACGUGCCGCAGUGUGGCCGGAGACGCCCCGUACGUGAUCUUCAGCAACCGGCAGGAGAUCGUGGGGGUCGACCUGCACACGCUGGCCGUCAAGAGUUUCUACACGUCGCUGCGCAACACGAUCGCACUGGAUUUUCUGUAUCGCAACGAAUCGAUCCAGAUCUUUUGGUCCGACGUGAUGGAUGAUAAAAUUUACCGUGGAACACUGCGCAACGAUACGCUCAGCAGCGUGGAGGCCGUCGUUCAAUCGGGUCUUUCGACGGCCGAAGGGCUGGCAGUGGACUGGAUCGGGCUGAACAUCUACUGGAUCGAUUCGAACCUCGAUCAGAUCGAGGUGGCAAAGACGAACGGUAGCUUCCGGCGGACGCUGGUGGCCGGGGACAUGGUAAAUCCGCGCGCGAUCGCCCUCGAUCCGCUGGUGGGUGUCCUGUUUUGGACGGAUUGGGAGGAAGGGAUGCCACGGCUGGAACGUUGCACGAUGGCGGGUGAAGAUCGUACGGUGAUCAUGAACGUUGGCUCGGACGGUGGCUGGCCGAACGGGAUUGCGCUCGAUUAUGUGCUGCAGCGUGUUUACUGGAUCGAUGCGCGAUCCGAUUCGAUUCACACGAUCACGUACGACGGCAAGGAUCACCGGUUGGUGAUCAAGGAUCCGGGGGUGCUGGCGCACCCGUUCAGCAUCACCGUGUUCGAUAACUACGUGUACUGGACCGACUGGCGGACGUACUCCGUCAUACGGGCGAACAAGUGGAACGGUACCGAUGUGACGGUCAUCCAGAAGACGCAGAGCCAACCGUUUGGUAUUCAAAUUUUGCACUCUAGCCGUCAGCCGCAGACGCGGACCCCGAGUCCUUGUGCGGUCAACAAUGGCGGCUGUUCGCAUCUGUGUCUGCUGAGCGUUGACAAUCGGCACGAGUGUGCGUGUCCGCACGUGAUGCGCCUUCACGCAGACCGUAUGCAGUGUGUACCGAACGAGGAGAUACUACUGUUCGUUGUGCUGACCGAGAUCCGGGGGGUCGAUCUACAGCAACCGGCCCAUUACACGAUCCCCACCAUCAGCCACCAAACGCAGGUGGUGCAGCCGGCCGUCCUCGAUUACGACAUCGCCGAAGCGCGGCUCUACUGGAACGAUGUGCAGCUGAACGAAAUCAAAUCGUCCGGUCUGGCGACGGGUCCGAUCGAGACCGUGCUCGAUACGGACAUUUCCCACUCGCUCGGGUUCGCGGUGGAUUGGAUCUCGAAGCUGCUGUACUUUUCCACCGGCAACGAGACUCACUCGCGGCUGAUGGUCAGCAACAUGCGCGGGGAGUACGUGACGGAGAUCGCCACCGGGUUGGCGCUGGUCAACAGUCUCGUCGUCAAUCCCACCAAAGGUAUGAUGUACUUUGCGACGAUGAGUGAAAGCCCGAAGCUGUACGAGCUGUACGCCAGCCGGAUGGACGGUUCCGAGCGGCAGCUCAUUAGCAACUCCACCUUCUACCCGGUGGACAGUUUGGCGCUGGACUUUGAAACCAAUCGGCUGUACUACAUCGCGUCGCGGCCCGGGGAAAUCUAUUACUACGACAUCGGCAGUGGGAAGAUCGUCCAGGUGUUGGUGUCGCACGAAAACAGUCACCCGAUCAGUACGAUCACGAUCUACCGGGACUCGAUCUACUUCGACAACAAUCAGGACGGACGGAUCAUGCGCUGCAGUAAGAGCGCGUGCCAGAAUGCGGUAUCGGUGCGCAAUAAUACGAGUGGACUGAACGCGAUCCGGAUGUAUCACCCGGGGGCCCAAAGUGGCACCAACUCUUGUGCCUCGAAGCAUCCGGAUGGGUCGACGUCGACAGGUUGCGAGCACCUCUGUUUGCCUGUGUCGGCCACGAGUCACGUUUGUCGCUGUGCAACUGGCUAUCGGCGGGAUCCGGGGAAUGCUUCCCGUUGCCUCGGGAUGGAUGAUGUGCUCGUGUACUCGGUGGGCCACCAGCUGAAGGGUAUCGGUCUCGUAACGGCGGAUGACGGCGCUACUACGGUUCAGCCACCUCAGCACGAUCAGGCAGCACUCGGGCCGUUGCAGCAGAUUUCACUCGCCACCAGCAUCGAUUUUCAUGUCGCGCACGACUUGGUGUUCAUUGCCGAUGCGGACCGAGGAUCGAUCACGCGUAUCAAGCGCGAUGGCAGCGGCCGGGAGGUGAUCAUCAGCAACUUUGAGCAGGUAGUCGACGGCAAUACGUUCGACUGGCUCGGGGGGAUCGCGGUCGACUGGGUGGCGGACAACCUGUACUGGACCGAUCAGAAGCGCAACCUGAUCGAGGUGGCCCGGCUGAACGGAAGCCUGCGGUAUGUGGUCGCUUCGGAUGUUGAAAGCCCGCAGCUGCUGGCGAUCGAUCCGAUUCAGGGUUACCUGUUCUACGCCAGCCGUGACACCAUCGGCCGGAUGGGGUUGGAUGGGUCAGGAAACUUUAUUCUUAUUACCGGUUCGCCCGGCAUCAGCGAUCUGGCGCUCGAUCCCGACAAUCAGGUCGUGUACUGGUGCGAAAAGCAAUCGGACACCAUCUGGAAGGUGGAUUACGAUGGGAAUCUGAAGCGGUUGCUGCUGAACGGUACCUUACACAAUCCGACCUCACUGGAUCUGGUGGCCGGCACGAUCUAUUGGUCGGAUUCGCGGGGUAACAUUAACGUGGCACCGCUCGGCAAUAUCUUCAACUACCGCACGGUGGUCGAAUCGCUGGAAGGGUCCUCGUUGAAGGACAUAAAAAUAUUCUCCAGCCGCAAGCAGAACAAAACGAAUGCAUGUGGCGGUGGGGCCGGAGGUUGCCAGGAGCUGUGCCUGUACAACGGGACGCACCGGAUCUGUGCGUGUUCGCACGGGAAGGUGUCGGCGCGGGACAACAAAACGUGUGAACCGUACGAAAACUUUCUGCUCUUCUCGCGCCAAUCGGCCAUCGAAAGCAUCCACAUGACGGAUGCGGCCAACAUUAAUGGGCCGAUCGCGGAGAUUAAGAAUGCGACGUACCUGAAGAAUACGGUCGCCCUUAGCUACGACUACGACCGGGAGCUGAUCUUCUACUCCGACAUCGAUCACAGUACGAUCAACUGUGUGCACUUUAAUGGGAGCGGUCACCGGCAGCUCGUGACCAAGCAGCUGACGGUGGAGGGGCUCGCGUUCGAUGUGCUUACGCGGGUCCUUUACUGGACGUCGAACAAUGAGGCCGCAAUCCGGGCGCUCGAUCUGCACAACGCUUCGCUGACCGAUCCGGCCGCUAAUGGGCCACUGGUGCGCGAUAUGAUCAAACUGCGGGCGUUCGAUAAACCGCGCGGGAUCGCCGUCGAGCCGUGUCUGGCGAUGGUGUACUGGACAAACUGGAACCAGCAGGCGGCCUCGAUCCAGCGCGCCUAUCCAUCGGGCUACGGGCUGGAGAGUAUCAUCACGAGUGACAUCCAGAUGCCGAAUGCACUCACGCUGGAUUAUGCGGCCCGCAAGCUGUACUGGGCCGAUGCGCUGCUGGACAAGAUCGAACGGGCGGAUUACGAUGGGCGGCACCGGGUCGUGUUGGCGUACUCGACCGCCAAGCAUCCGUUCGCGAUGGCCGUGUUCGGUGAUUUGCUGUUCUGGACGGAUCUGACCGUGCACGCCGUCAUCAGGGUGAAUAAGUAUUCCGGCAGUGAUUUGGUGCUGCUGAGGAGGGACAUUACCCAACCGAUGGGUAUCGUGGCGGUACAGCGGAUCGAUAAGGAGUGUGCAGCCGAUCCGUGCCAGGUAUUGAAUGGGCUCUGCGAGGAUCGCUGCCUGACGGACGCUCGGGGUAAGGUGGUGUGUCACUGCACGCAGGGUGUGCUGGAUGCCGACGGGCAGCGUUGCAUUCCGAAAGCGGUGGCCAACUGUAACGCGGCCACGGAGUUUACGUGCUCGAACGGGAACUGUAUUCCGUUCCAUUUGACGUGCGAUUCGAUCGAUCACUGUCGGGAUCGAUCGGACGAGCUGGACAGCUACUGUGUGAGGCGGCCCUGCCUGGCCGGGUACUUCCGGUGUAACACGGCCCGCUGUGUGCCGCUCAGUGCGGUGUGUAACGACGUGCAGGAGUGUGGCGACGGGAGCGAUGAGGUCGGGUGCAAGUGUAACAACGCUUCGCACUUUGAGUGCGCCAACGGGCAGUGCAUUCCGAAGGCGCUCCGCUGUGACAACGAACCGGACUGUCGGGACGUGUCGGACGAGAUUGGGUGCCCGGUGAUGCGCAACUGUAUGGCCGGGUUCACCAAGUGUCCGAACACGACUGCUUGCUAUAUGGCAGCGUGGCGUUGCGACGGAGAGAAUGACUGUUGGGACAACGCGGACGAACAGGAUUGCCCGACGGCCAUUCCGACGUGCCCGGAGGAUAAGUUCCAGUGUGCGAACGGGCGCUGCAUUCCACCGUCCUGGCGGUGUGACGAGGAGGACGACUGUAUGGAUGGAGGGAGCACCGCGGCCGGGAACCACUCGUUGAGUUCGGAUGAGAUCGGGUGCGUGAAGCAUUGCCGGCCGAAUCAGUUCAAGUGCACCAACACUUCGGAGUGCAUCUCGAAUAGCUGGCAGUGUGACGGGCACCCGGACUGUGGGGACGGGUCGGACGAGGGCGAGCACUGCUCGACGCGGCUCGACUGUCCGCACACGGAGUUCCAGUGUUCGUCCACCAAUCGCUGCAUUCCUCUGGAGUGGGUCUGCGAUGGCGACGUAGACUGCGCGGUGUCGCAAGACGACGAGAAGGGUUGCGACCAAACGGCCACGAUGAUGGCGGUCUGUGGCCGAACGUCGUUCACGUGCGGCAACGGAGAGUGCAUCAGUUGGCUGCACGUGUGCGAUGGCGAAGCGGACUGUGUCGAUGGAUCGGACGAGCCGCUGUACUGCAAGGAUGACAGCGGCGACGAUGACGAUGGGGAAGAUGACUCUCACGGCGGCGGGGCCCACUCGGCGGCGACCGGGUGCGGUGGUGAUCCGGAGCUAUUCCGGUGCACCAACGGGAAGUGCAUCGAGCGGAACUUGACGUGCAACGUAAACGAUGAUUGUGGGGACGGCUCGGACGAGGAUGUGCCGGUGUGCCGCAACACGACGCUUAUCUGCGCGGGGCCGGAUCUGUUCCGGUGCAAGAGUGGCGUCUGCAUCACGAGCAGUCAGCUGUGCGAUGGGGCGAAUGAUUGUGGCGAUUGGAACGAUGAGCGAUCGUGCCAGGUGAAUGAGUGCGAAGUGUUGCCGAACCUGUGCGCUCACCAGUGCGAGGAUCGGCCGGUCGGGUACGAGUGUAGCUGCCGGCCGGGGUACGUGGUCGACACGAACGAUCGCCACCAGUGCGUGGAUCUGGAUGAGUGCAGCGAUCAGCAGCCACGGCCUUGCACGCAGACGUGCAUUAACACGCACGGAUCGUACCAUUGCGCGUGUGUGGACGGGUUUGUGCUGCGGGACAAGGAAACGUGCCGAGCGGACGAGUCGCUGUCAGCGGCACCGCACGGCGGUAUCCAUGCGCCGAAGCUGAUCUUCUCCAAUCGGUACUACCUGCGCGAGGUGGACCUGAGCGGAGCGAUGACCAUUCUGGCGCACAAUCUAACCAACGCGAUCACGCUCGAUUUCGAUUGGCAAGAGCGGUGCUACUACUGGUCCGAUGUGACGCGCAGCGUGAUCACGAUCAAGCGCAUGUGCCCGGGCACGAUGACGGACGAUGACGGCAACAGGACGAUCGAGGUGAUCCACCGGACGAACCUGAAGAACCCGGAGGGACUGGCCGUCGAUUGGGUGGGCCGCAAUCUGUACUGGUGCGAUAAGGGGCUGGACACGAUCGAGGUUUCGAGGCUGGAUGGACGCUACCGGCGGGUGCUGAUCAACAGUGAGCUGCAGAAACCGCGUGCGAUCGCACUCGAUCCGUACCGGCGGUACAUGUACUGGACGGAUUGGGGUGAUCGGCCGCACAUCGGACGGGCUGGCAUGGAUGGGAGCAAUCAGACGAUCCUGAUCAAGGAGCAGCUCGGGUGGCCGAACGCACUGACGAUCAGCUUCGAGACGGAGCAACUGUUUUGGGGGGACGCCCGCGAGGACUACAUCGCCGUGAGCGAUCUGGACGGGCGCAACGUGCGCAUUCUGCUGUCAAAGGAGCGGCAGCCGACGCUGAACCUGCACCACGUGUUCGCGAUCGCCGUGUGGGAAGAUCGCAUCUACUGGUCGGAUCUGGACUCGAAGUCGAUCGAGUAUUGUCACAAGUUCCGGGGCGACCAGUGUGGCACGCUGAUCAACACCAUCCACCGGCCGAUGGACAUUCGGAUCUAUCACCCAUACCGGCAGCUGCAGCCACCGGUGAACCCGUGCGAGACGGCCGGCUGUCAGACACUGUGCGUGCUGGCACCCGGCUCGUCGCCCGGCUAUCGGUGUCUGUGUCCGGAACACUUCCGGCUGGCAGCGGACGGCCGCAGCUGUGAGGCCGCCUGCUCGGCGGCCCACUUCCACUGUGAGGCCACGUUCAAGUGUAUCCCGUUCUACUUGCGGUGCGAUCGGCAGGACGAUUGUGGCGACGGUAGCGACGAACCGGCCAGCUGCCCGUCGUUCGACUGUGACCCGGGCCAGUUCCAGUGUGACAGCAGGCGGUGCAUCGCCCCGAGUCAGAUCUGCGACGGGCGCGAUCAGUGCGGUGAUCGAUCGGACGAGCGGGACUGUGAGGCGUACGAGUGUUUCGGGUCGUACUUCAAGUGUGGUGCUUCGGCGGCGCACAAUACGAGCGCCUUCUGCAUCGAGGGGUCCCGCCGCUGCGACGAGCGGCCGGAUUGUCCGGGCGGUGAGGAUGAGCGGGGUUGCGAGCGGAAGAACUGCACCUACACCCAGUUCCAGUGUGCCAACGGGGGCAAGUGUAUCGAUCGGACGUGGGUUUGCGACAACGUGCCCGACUGUCACGAUGGAUCGGACGAGCAGGUGUGCGGACCGUCCGCUACCUGUCCGGCCAAUGAGUUCCGGUGUAGCGAAGGUCGUUGCAUACCGCAGUCGUGGCGCUGCGACGACGAAAAGGACUGUGCGAAUGGGGAGGAUGAGGCGGAAACGGCGUGCCACCAGAAGCAGGCGGCCGUAACGUGCGAACCGUCCAACUUCCGGUGUGCCAACGCAAAGUGUAUUCCGGGUCGGUGGCGGUGCGAUUUCGAGAACGACUGCGGGGACAAUUCGGACGAGCUGAAUUGUGAGCUGCGCAACUGUUCCGAGUCGGAGUUUCGGUGCCGUGAUGGCCACUGCAUCCGGGGUAUCCGGCGGUGCGAUAACGAGUUUAACUGUGCCGACCACAGUGACGAGGAGAACUGUAACGUGACGUGUGGCAAAGAUCAGUUCAAGUGCCGCACCAACCCGGCCUGCAUCAGCAACAAAUUCAAGUGCGAUGGCGACAACGACUGCAUCGACGAGUCGGACGAAGAGGAGUGCGAGUGCCAGGAGAGCGAGUACCGGUGCAAGAACGGCAAGUGCAUCCUCAGCAGCUGGGUGUGCGACGGGAUCGACGACUGUCUGGACAACUCAGACGAGAUGGGCGAGUACUGCAAGGAGCACGGUUGCAACAAGCGCGCCUUCCGGUGCGCCAACCGCAACUGCAUCCGCAAGAGUCUGCUGUGCGACAAUAAGGACGACUGCGGGGACAGUAGCGACGAGAAGAGUGGCCUCUGCCAGAAGUGCCCCCCGAACUCGUUCCGCUGUGCCGGCGACUCCAAGUGCAUCGACGUGGCGCUCCGUUGCGACCAGACGCCGCACUGUUUGGACGAAUCGGACGAGAUCGGGUGCAUCAAGACGGGCUGCGGGUUCGGGGCGUGCAGUCAGCUGUGUGUGGAGAAGAAGGGCCACUUCAACUGCCGGUGUGCCGAUGGGUAUGUCAAGAGUGGCGCCGGUCGUAACGCGACCUGUGUCGCGGUCGACGAACAGGGCAUACUGCUGCUGGCAUCCGAGUCCGAUUUCCGCAGCCUGUACGUGGAUACGCCCGUGAUGGGCUACCUGCAGACGUCGUCGUUGAAGAUCGAUCGGUUCGAUUUUGCGAUCACGCGCCACAACAUCACACUGUUCUGGAUCGACAGCUACGACACGAGCAUCAACAAGAUCCUGAUGGACACAACGGUUAAAGAGGACACUGCGGCAGCGGUGGCGGCAACGGCGGAGGGCAGAAAAAUGGCUCGCCGUGAAUCGACUCCGGUGGCGUACGAUCGCAUCAAGACGCUGGACGGCAAGCACUCGUCGGUGGUGCUAAAGGACAGUGACAUCGUGCCGAGUGCACUGGCGUGUGAUUGGCUGACCGAGCGGCUGUACGUGAUCAACAAGAAGCGCAGCAACAUCUUCGUCGUGAGCUACAACGGGACGAACCACACGACGCUGACGGCCACUGGUAAGCAUCCGAUUGGGCUGGUCGUCGAUCCCGUUAGCCGGCUGAUGGUGUGGUCGAUCAUGGAGACGAUCAUCAGCUCGGGCAUGGACGGGCAGGGCAAGCAGAAGCUGGUGCACACCAACCUCGAGUGGGCCUCGGGGCUGGCGAUCGACACCACGACCAAGCGGCUGUACUGGGCCGACUACCGGAAGUCGACGAUCGAAACCUGCCUGCUGCUGACGGGCACCGAUCGGCACGUCAUCGCCGAGCUGCACGACUACUCCAAGCCGAAGCUGCUGGACGUGUUCGAGGACAGCGUGUACGUGAUCCUGUACAACCAGAACAUUCUGAAGCUCAACAAGUACGGCCGCGACAACGGCACCUACAUGAACGAGGAGCAGCACCGCAGCGGCUACCGAUCGUCGGACGUUCAUUUCAUCCAUCCCCUCAAGCACGAUCGCACGGUGGCCAAUCCGUGCAAGUUGAACCCGUGCCACGAAUCGGCCGUCUGUUUGCUGUCGACCGAAAACACGCGCCUUAAGCGCAGCUGUCUGUGUCCGGAUGCGCGCCCGCACGCCGUGUCGGAUGAGCGGGACGGCGAGGUACGCGAGUGUCUGGAGGCACCGCCCCGUCCGGCCGCGGAACUGUGCCGGCUGCAGUGUAACGAGGGCAAGUGCGUCAUCAACCCGACGGACGGUCAGCAGCGGUGCGAGUGUCCGGAGAACUUUGACGGGCCGCACUGCGAUCACUAUAUCUGCUCCGGGUACUGCAAGAACAAGGGCUUCUGUUACAUCGUGAACGGCGACCCGAAGUGCACCUGCCAGCCCCAGUGGACGGGCCGGAAGUGUGAAAUUUCCACCAACAAGUGCCAGGGUUACUGUCACAAUGGGGGCAACUGUACAGUCGUGCAGCAGCCGCGGUCCGACGGGAACAGUCCACUGUCGUGCCGCUGUCCGGAGGGUUACUCGGGCGCCCAGUGCGAGCACUGUGCCAAUCUGCGGUGCGUGAAUGGCGGGGUGUGCCGGAAGACGACCACCGAACGGAGCCAGUGCCAGUGUGCGGAGGGCUUCGUCGGUCACAGCUGCGAGACGCCCCUCUGUGCGGUAUUUUGCUCGAACGGCGGCGAGUGUACGAUCGAACGGGGCGCUCCGAAGUGUAGCUGCCCGUGGGCGACCUACGGGGAGCGGUGCCAGUACCGCGAUUGCCCCGAACUGUGCCGCAACGGAGGGGAGUGUGUGCCGGGCGAAAAACCGUACUGUAAGUGUCGACCCGGGUACGAAGGCCACAACUGCGAGAUUGACCUGUGCACGCUGCCGGAAGGAACGCGCCCCAGUUACUGCCCUACGCCACAUCCACCGUGGAGUUCGUGCAGUGGCUUCAGCUGCAACAACGGCGGCCACUGUCUGGAGGUGCGCGGUGAUCCGAUCUGUAACUGCACGAUGCAGUACACGGGCGUACACUGCGAGAACUACGUCACGUACCGGAACCCGUGCAACAAUUUCUGCCACAACAGCGGCAUCUGCCGGCUGGCGCUGUCGUCCGCGUCCAACGUCACCUACAUCCCGUCGUGCGUUUGCGUCAGCGAGUGGACCGGCAAGCGGUGCGAUCAGCCGCCGGUCUGUGUCGGCGACUGCGGUACGUGCAUCGAGGGCAGCACGAUCAACGAGUGCAGCUGCCAGGACGGCCAGAUUAGCAGCUGCCUGCGGGAGGUGACGCUGGCCGAGCUGGAGGUCGCGGACGAAAGCGGCGGCGGACCCGGCUACACACUGUCGAUCCUGACGAUCGCGCUCUUUGUGAUACUCAUCAUUGCGGCCGGCAUCGGCGGGGCCCUGUACGGGCUGAAAAAACGACGCACGGGGCAACCGUUCCUGCACGCGCGGCUAACGGACAACGUGGAGAUAACGAACCCGAUGUACCUGGGCGAUGCGGACGAGGGGCCGGCCUUUGUGCACGAAGACGAUAAGGUGCACUUCGGUAAUCCGGUGUACGAGCAGAUGUACGCCGGCAGCGCGAACCACGGCCACGGGGACCCGGCGGCGCUCGGAGGCAGCACCGGCAGCGCCGGCAGUGCCCAUCCGCUGCUGACCGGCACCUCGACGGCACCGGACGAAAAGAAGGGCCUGCUGCAGCACCCCCAGGACCAGGACACGAUCGCCGCCGAUCUGUUAUGA